AUGGAGUGUAUGAUGUCAAAUGAUCAAACGAGUUGCUCCAGUCAAAUACAUUCUUUGAGGAUUGAAAUUGCUGAUUAUUUUUGUUUCUUAUUUCUUUCCAGCAAUUUGAGGUGGAAUAAGUUGCAAGAUGUCAUUCCUCCUGAAAUAGGUGAACUAAAGAGUCUAACCCAUCUAUACUUGAGUUUCAAUAAUUUCAAAGGAGAAAUCCCCAAAGAAUUAGCUAAUCUUCCUCUGCUACGUUACCUCUAUCUACAUGAAAAUCAUUUUAUUGGGCGAAUUCCACCAGAAUUGGGCACUCUACAACAACUCCGACAUUUUGAUGUUGGUAACAAUCAUUUGGUGGGAACUAUUAGGCAACUAAUACGUAUUGAGGGAUGCUUUCCAUCUCUUCGCAACCUUUAUCUGAAUAAUAACUACCUUACGGGUGGAAUCCCAGCUCAGCUAGCAAACUUGACUAAUUUGGAAAUCUUGCAUUUAUCAUACAACAAAAUGUCUGGGUAUCAUACCAUCUGGACUUGCUCAUAUUCCCCGAUUGACUUCCUUGUACCUGGAUCAUAAUCAAUUUACUGGGAGAAUCCCGAAUGCAUUCUAUAAGCACACUUUCUUGAAAGAAAUGU